AUGGGGACCCGGCAGCACGGGGACGACGCCUCGGAGGAGAAGAAGGCCCGCCACAUGACCAAGUGCGCGCAGAGCACCUCGGCCUGCCUGGGCGUGCGCAUCUGCGGCAUGCAGGUUUACCAAACGGAUAAGAAGCACUUUCUCUGCAAAGACAAGUACUAUGGAAGGAAACUCUCCGUCGACGGGUUCAGACAAGCUCUCUAUCAGUUCCUGCACGACGGGACCCGCCUCCGGACAGAGCUGCUGGGGCCCAUCCAGCGCCAGCUGCAGGCCCUCCUCUCGGUCAUCAGGAGCCAGAGUUCAUACCGCUUCUACUCCAGCUCCCUCCUGGUCAUCUACGACGGGCAGGAGCCGCCGGAAAGUGCCCCGGGCAGCCCGCACCCUCAGGAGGCUCCGCAGCCGGCACCCGGCAGCUGCCCCGGAGGCCUCCCCAAAGUUGACAUCCGGAUGAUCGACUUUGCUCACACCACGUACAAGGGCUCCUGGAAUGAGCGCAGCACCUAUGACGGACCAGACCCAGGCUACAUUUUCGGCCUGGAAAACCUCAUCCAGAUCCUGCGGGACAUCCAGGAGGGGCAGUGA